AAAAUAUCUCAUCUAUAGGUAGGCCAAAAGUCACAAUGGUUUGAAAAUGAAAAUAAAAAUGUUUUGAGCCACAUACAUUGUCUUCACAAUCAAUGAAUCUUCUCUCCAAAAUUUUCUUCUACUCCCAUCUCAAUUCAAGUCAACCCUCAUCUCUCAGUCUCCCCAAACACCAUGUGGGUUGGUCCCUCCAAAGACAUAGUGAAUUCUUUUGCUCUUGGAGUUGGAUGCUCAAAGCUGAACACAGUUAUUCAUCAUUCAUAGAAAACCAAGAUAAAGAUGAAACCAGAAACAGUGACAUUGGUGCUGGUGAAUCUAGCUGGUAUUAUGGAAAGAGCAGAUGAAUCAUUGCUACCAGGAGUAUACAAAGAGAUUGGUGCUGCUCUUAACGCUGACCCUACCGCGUUAGGUUCUCUCACUCUUUACCGAUCCCUUGUUCAAGCAUUCUGUUAUCCUCUCGCUGCUUACCUCGCCUCGCGUCACAAUCGUGCACAUGUUAUUGCUCUCGGUGCUUUCCUGUGGGCUGCUGCUACAUUCUUUGUUGCUAUCUCAUCCACCUUCUUACAGGUGGCGAUUUCAAGAGGUUUAAAUGGCAUAGGACUAGCCAUUGUUAUUCCAGCAAUUCAGUCUCUAAUUGCAGACUCUACAAUUGAUAGCAACCGUGGCGUGGCAUUUGGAUGGCUUCACCUAACAGGAAACAUUGGAAGCAUAAUUGGUAAUCUUUUUGCAGUACUACUAGCUUCAACAUCAAUCUUUGGUAUACCUGGUUGGAGAAUAGCUUUUCACAUUGUUGCAUUGGUUAGUGUCAUAGUUGGCAUAUUAGUACGCAUCUUUGCUAAUGAUCCGCACUUUCCAAAAAACGACGACAAAAUAACUACAUCACAUCAGCCACCAAACAAGUCCUUUUAUUCUGAGAUGAAAGAUUUAAUAAAAGAAGCAAAAACAGUCAUAAAAAUUCCAUCAUUUCAAAUUAUUGUAGCUCAAGGAGUAUUUGGAUCAUUCCGAGGGUCAAGUUUGUCAUUUUUCACUCUUUGGUUAGAACUAAUAGGCUUCUCACAUGGAACAACAGCGAUCAUUUGGACCAUAUUUAUAAUUUCUAAUUCGUUUGGUGGUCUAUUUGGAGGAUGGCUCGGAGAUUUUUUAUCUCAACGGUUACCAAACACCGGAAGAUUAAUGUUGGCACAAAUAAGCGCAGGUUCAACGAUUCCUUUAGCUGCAAUUUUGCUGUUAUUGUUGCCUAAUGAUCCAUCCACGCCGUUAAUUCAUGGUUUGGUUUUAGUCAUCAUUGGAUUAAUCACAUUCUGGUGUGCACCAGCAACUAAUGAUCCAAUAUUUGCAGAAAUAGUCCCUGAGAAAUCACGUACUGCAAUAUACGCUUUGGAUCGAUCUUUUGAAAGUUUAUUGGCGUCCUUUGCUCCGCCUAUUGUUGGAGUUUUGGCUCAGCAUGUUUAUGGUUAUAAACCGGUGCCAAAAGGUUCAUCCAAUUCUAUUGAAGUUGAAACUGAUAGGGAAAAUGCUGCAUCACUCGCUAAGGCACUUUAUAGUACAAUUGCAAUUCCAAUUGCAAUAUGUGUUUUCAUUUAUUCAUUUCUUUAUUUUACAUACCCAAGGGACAGAGAGCGAGCAAGAAUGGUCGCGUUAGUUGAAUCAGAAAUGGAACAACUGAAGGAGGAACAUUACACAGGAGAAGAGGAAUAUGGUGAAUCUCAUAUUUUUUAUGAUAGUGAUGAGAAAGUUUUGCUGUCCAAAUAACACAUUAGUUUUUAUUGUAUUAUUAUUAUUUGUGUAACAAAUGAAAAACCAACUUCAAACUGAUUAAUUAUCAGUUAAUUGAGUAGUUUUUUUUGGUUUAAUUUAAUACUACAUUGUAAGAUACUAUGUAAGAGUAAAUAAUUACUAUGAGAUUAUAAAAUCAAGUCAGCAAUUUCAACCAACUGUGUCUCUGACAUUCAACCAUUUUAAUUUUUAAAUGUGUUUGUGCACAGUUUUAUAAGGAUAUACAACACAUGCAUUUUUUUUCUAUAGUCUAGUAUCCUGCAUCAGGGGUGCAUUCAUUAGAUUGCAUCGUAUUCUACUCUGCUAUAUAUAUCAGUCUAGAUAUUUAAUAUUCACCGAAUUAUUUACUGCUACUAUCAAGUUAAACAUUUAUUUACUUUGUUCACACGGCAUGGCAUGUAUGAAAAUGGCACAUAGAGUGAAAAAGUUUCGGUAUAUGAUAUUGAUACUUACUGUAGACACAGGAUAAAACAAGCGAAUCAUUGAAUUAAAAAACAGAAAGUGAAUCAGCCAUAGGUGCGGUCCCCAGAAGUCAAGUAGGUCUCCGUAAGCCAUGUGAUAAGGUCUCCUCCAAUAAUCCUCCAUUCCGCUUCAACUCAUUAACCAUCAGCUCAGUUCAACUAAUGGCUAGAAAUUUCACAUCUAAAGUGGAUAAAUAAAGUGUUCGAGGUUUAAAUUCUGACCCCUACAUAUAAAAUAUGAUAUUCAUACUGAGUUAAGCUCACGAGGAUUAUUUGUUUCACUA